CAGAUUGACAGGGAGAGAGACAGAUAGGGACAGAGAACAGCAAGAGAAUAAGACUUAUAUCAUAAUUCUUUCAUUGAUCGGAACUAAAAUAAUCCACAGAGGUUAAAUCUACUCCUAUUAGUCCUCCGUGCUGAUAUUUCAGUUUCAUUUUGUUCUUUUUGUCUUCCCGUCGUAUUAAUCAAUUGAUCAAAAUGUAUUAGUUUUGUGACAACCUGUCUCUUAAGUCUUAAUUGUCACCUCGUCUCUGACGUAGACACAGACAACAAAAAAGAAAAUGGAGUAGCUUUCUAGCAUUUUACACCGGUUGACAGAGGUCGUGAACUCAAAGUUCAAUCCAUAGCACGAGAGAAAGGUCAACCAACAACAGCAGAGCGUGGUCUGUUUACAGUUUACCUACAAUCUAGGCUUAGAAUCUAGCGGUGGGCAGAGUCGCUAAGCUUGCGGCCUAACUCCCCUAAAUUAAUAUUUUUUAAAAGCGUAUUUCAGUUUGCAGAGGCUUACAAAUAUACCUACACUGCCAUUCUCAAGACCUGUCUGCUACCUGGAAUGGCCACGCAGGAAAUUGAAACUGACAGAGAGGUCACGGCAGAUUCUACAAAGACAGACGGAAGUCUGGCAAUUUCUUGUACGUUGACAACAGACUCAGACGAGAAAUGCAGCACCACAGCCCUUCUCACUGAAGUCCGAAAUGGGGCGGGGGCCGGAGAGAACAGCAAUGAACUGGACAAUGUUUUGUCCAGCAUCAAAGUGGGUCAGUUCCACUGGCGGAUGCUUGCGCUGGUCGGCUGGGGAUACUUUGCCGUGUGUUCGGAGAUGAUGCUCUUCAUCUUUCUGAGCUCGCCAGUGAAAGAGGAAUGGAACCUGAGGGAUAUGGACUUUCCGUGGUUACCGUUCAGUACUGGCAUUGCUGGUAUCGUCGGAGGCUUUGUCUUCGGGACGGUCAGUGACCGAUAUGGCCGACAGCUACCGUUUCUGUUUGGCAUCCUGGUCAUCGCUAUUUUUGGAGUGGUCUCAGCCUUUGCUCCGUCGUUCCCUGUCUUCAUUGUGUUCCGCUGUCUGGUCACCAUCGGGACAGGAGCCUUCGAGGCUGUGGGAUUUGUGCUGCUCUUGGAGUUCCUGCCUCGCCAACAGCGAGGGACGAUCCUGGUGGUGGUGACGCUGUGCGGGGCCCUGGGGGCAGUGCUGGCCGGAGGGUUCGCCUGGCUCAUUCUCCCGCGCUGGGGCUGGCGCUGGUUCGUUGGCGUCUGUGCGCUGCCCGCGGUGCUGCUGCUGGCCUACCAGCCGUUUGCCUUCUUCGAGAGUCCUCGCUUCCUGGUGAGCCGCGGUCAACGGGACAAAGCGAUCGCCGUGCUGCGGAGGAUGGCCGAGAUCAACAAGUGCGAACUUCCAAGUCUGGACAAGAUUGUGUGCACCCCGCGACAGAAGCGAGGCGGGCACGUGCUGCACCUGUUCUCCAAGGAGCUACGGUCGCGAACGUUUUUCUUCUCCGUGACCUGGUUCCUCCAGGCCACGGGCUACUGGGGAGUGACCGUCUACCUGCCCGAGUACAUGGCUCGCCUCGGGGCUGACCCGUACUUCAACAUGUUCUCCGUGUUCAUCGGCGAGAUCCCUGGCCUGUUUCUCGCCAUGUUGCUUGUGGAGAAGUAUAUGUUGGGCCGGAUUCGCACGUUGAGGUUCUUCUCGGUCUUGACUGCCCUGUCUCUGUUGAUAUUUAGCUUUAUUCCGGAGCACGAGUUUAAGUCGGUGCUCAUCAUAAUUUGUUACUUCAGUAUGGUGCCCAUUUAUUCCAUCCUGAACACGUACACCCCGGAGGUGUACCCAACUGACCUCCGCAGCACAGCCAUGGCCUGGAUGAAUAUCGUUAUCGAGGUCCCAGGGCUGGUCACUCCGUUUGUUGGGGCAACUCUCCUGUCCAGUUCUCUCCCCUGGCUGUAUCCCGUGGUGUGGGGAUCUGUGUUUGUGGUCCAGUGUCUUGUCACAUUCGGACUCCGCACCGAGACUGCGGGCCGAGAUCUGAGAGAUUUUGAGUUUGGAUCUCAUAAGGUGAAAAAUUCUGCUUCUAGCCAAAGUGUUGAUUGUUAGCUCUAUGGUCAGGGGUUACCUUCCUGGGAGGACUUUUCCAAGGUUGCUGAUUACUGUAUUCCUGAUUUUUUUGCACACCACUUGAAUUUCGCAAUGUUUGCAAUUUUAAAAGAAAUUUGCAAAUUCGAGUCAUUUGCGAAUGUUGAAAGGGGUGCUACUGCAUUAGAACCCCAUGACACUGGGCAACUCAAAUCAAGAAGUCAAAGUGUUCAAGGAGAAACUGAAUGGGCAAAAAGCUAAAAAAAAAAUGCACAAAAAAACGAACUGACCUGGUGAACAAUAUUAUAGUUGAAACUGACCAGAACCUGGAAAUGUUAGUUAAAAAAGGGUUAUUCAAAAUCAGCCAUUUUAGCUACACACAGUCCGCACUUCCGAAAGAGAUAAUACCUCUUGCCAGCCAGCUGUUCAGAUGUGUGAAGUCCAAAAUUUUGAAAUUUAAAAAAAUUGCAGUUUCAUAAACUGUGGUGUAGGUUGUGUGUGCUUGAGAAAUAAUUUGUGGGAAUUCAAAUUCUAAAUGUUGAAAAAAGCAAGAAAAGAUUCUUGAUGCGGGUACAUUUGUUGAAAGAAUGAAACAGUUUUUUCUCUCUCCUGAAAAAUUUUACACGCUGACCUUAGAACAGUUGAUCAGCUUGUUGGCAAUAUAGGCCAUGCUACCCAAAGAGUUAAUACCUCUUGUCCUUGUGCCAUAUAUAUCUUUUUAUUUUGGCAUUAUGGCUUGUUGUAGUGCUGACCUAGAUAAAACACAAGCUCUCCCUGCCCGUCUUUGAAGCCAUAAGACCUCAACUUUUCAUAGUCAGAUGUGUGUCAUAACAUGAAGCUGGCUGGUGCCUGGAAUGUAAAUGUUUCGAGCAUGGGAUAAACGGCGGUUCUCGCUUUUAACGCUACGUGCAGGAGAAAGGUAAUUACAGGGGGUGUUCCUGAAAGAAUUCUUUACAGUAAUUCAGCAUUUUUAUCCUGAUUGAAAAAGAAGGCUACAGUUAUGCUGGAAUUUUUGUCCUGAAGUUGAUAAGGCAGGAUACAGUUAUUCAGCGAUUUUUUUCCUGAAGUUGUGAAAGAACGAUGUGUCGUAAAAGUAAAGUAAAGCCCACCCUCCCCCCUAUUUUGAACGUGCUUGAACUAGUGCACAGGUCUGGUGUCAUGGUGGCAUUGCAGCUUUGUCUUACUGGAACAGGAAAUAGCUGGUUAUGAUCGUCAUGAAGUGUUAAGGGAUUUUAUACUUUAUUUUUACCAGAUUUGUAUGUUGUUGUUGUUGUUAAUGUUGCUACGGUUGUGGAAAGCCAUAUCUCUCAGUUUGCCAUGGUCUUAGGGCCUAGAGAUGUCCCCUCAGUGUUGCUUUUGAUGAGUGUUUUGAUGUCUCUCAGGGAAACAUACGUGGGUCCCAUAGUGUGCUAAUGUAUUGUUUCAAUUUUAACAUUGGUAGAGUAUCAUACUAUUCUUUGAAACUUUUAACAGAAUGUGAGUCAUAUCAUGAAAAGUUAGUGCUUAGAUAUUUGAAAGUACUUUGUAAAGGUUAUGUAUGCUUCAUUUGUUUGAUAAGUUCAUGCUUUUAGUCUUUUUAACUGAUUUCUGCCGUUUUUGACAUUUGUAACAUUUCUGCAGCUUCAGCAGUGUCUAGCAAAAUUCUUUGAGAAAAAAA